CGGAGCAUAAGAAAGGGUUCUCUCUCGAUCUCGCAAUCUACUGAAUAUUCCAACGCUGUAGGUUUUCGAAAAGAAGAAAGGGAAAACAAUGGCGGAUCAGCUCACCGACGACCAGAUCUCCGAGUUCAAGGAAGCCUUCAGCUUAUUCGACAAGGAUGGAGACGGUUGCAUUACCACCAAGGAGCUUGGGACUGUGAUGCGUUCGCUUGGGCAGAACCCAACUGAGGCAGAGCUCCAGGACAUGAUCAAUGAGGUGGAUGCUGAUGGAAACGGAACCAUAGACUUCCCAGAGUUCUUGAACCUCAUGGCGAGGAAGAUGAAGGACACCGACUCAGAGGAAGAACUCAAGGAGGCGUUCCGGGUCUUCGACAAGGACCAGAAUGGUUUCAUCUCGGCAGCUGAGCUCCGUCAUGUGAUGACAAACCUCGGUGAGAAGCUGACGGACGAAGAAGUCGAUGAGAUGAUCAGGGAGGCCGAUGUCGACGGUGAUGGCCAGAUAAAUUACGAGGAGUUCGUCAAGGUUAUGAUGGCCAAAUGAUGUGGGCGGAACCGUAACCUAAGUUUGGUUUCUUCUCCUGCUAAUACCCUCUUUGUAAUUCCUAGUUGCUUUUCCUUUCAAAAAAAUGAAACAGAAGGAAAAAAAAAAAAAAAAAAAAGAGUUCCCGGCGCUGUUAUGUUCUUAUUUCAUUCAUGGAGUUUUUUGGCUAAUGUUUUAUCUCGUUUGCUUCCGACAUUGGUAACAUUUUUUGUUCCCCGCCCUCUUGCUCUCUUUGUAAUAUGGUUCUUUGUAUCAUUACCAUAUCAUGUUUUUUAUGUGCUUCGAAGACAGCUGUAACAGCUAUUCCUAUU